UCCAUAUCUAUCCAAACAGGGAGACUAGAAUUUCCUUGAAUUUCUACGAAUCUAUUUUGUGAGUUUGAGUUCUUUGCUGGCGCAGUUCAAUUGCAUGCUGAUAGAAAGAGACAAGUUUACCAAAUAAUGAAGUUUUAGCUGACGCUUUUCCCAGUUUGGAAACUCGAGGGGUCACUCCACAUUUCUGUGCUUUAAUUUCAUCGUCAAAGGGCAGUAAUGUAGUGGCCAUCUCCUAGUAUUUGAUAAUAUUUUAGCCAAGAGUUUUCCUACAGCUUCUCAUAAAUAGUGGGUCUCAAGGGAGGCCGUACGCCUGCGGGCUCACUGUGCAAAAGGGUGUAAUGUUUUUAUCAGAUUCUGAAAGGAACCCAUGAGCCAAAAAAAAAAAGUUUAGAAAAAUAAAAGUUGCUCUAGGAUCUUAGGAUGACAGAAGGAAGUAUGCAAAUUAAUUCGCACUGGAAGAGUUUCAAAUCUAGUUAGGGAGCCAAACUUAAUGCAGCCGAUACAAUGGGAGAACCAUAAAAGGCAAACAUAUCAAAGAGCUUCAUUUGGUGGUGCAGUCUGCAGGCGUCCAGAAAAAGGGGGAGAAGAGGGAGUGCGCAGAAGAGAAGGCUUCCUGGAAGAGCAUCUUCGGGGUCGCCGUGUGCCAGGCACAUCAACUCUUUUCAGUAAAAUGGAUACAAAAGCAGAUGUGAAGUCCCUCAUGGCAAAGUUUAACACAGGGGGCAACCCCAUGGAAGAGGUCUCUGCCAGCAAUCGCCCCUUCAAGGUCCCUGGGCAAAACUCGCCUUCAGGAGUACAAGCAAGAAAGAAUCUCUUUGACAACCAAGGAAGUGCCAGCACUCCUGCGGGACCUAGCAACGUACCUAAGUUUGGGUCCCCAAAGCCACCUUUGGCGGUGAAACCUACGUCUGAGGAAAAGCCUGACAAGGAGCCCAAGCCCCCGUUUCUAAAGCCGACGGGAGUGGGCCAAAGAUUUGGACCGCCGGCACACUCGGCCACCAGAGACCCUGAGGUGAAAGUGGGAUUUCCGAAACCUCUAGGCCCUAAGCCCGUCACCGUGCCCAAGGAAGAUGCCAAACCUGUGUUUCCCCGGCCCCCUGGGAAUAAGCCUUCACCUCACAGUAUAAACCAAGACCAUGACCUAAAGCCACCCGGCCCCAAGCCAGGGUCUCAUCCUCCAGCCCUGGAAGCUGAGCAGAAGCAAGCAUUCCCCAAGCUGGCUGGGGUUAAAGGCAAGUUUGCGUCGGCCUCACAGGACCAUGAGCCCAAGCCCCUCUUUCCCAAGCCCAUCUUUGGCCAGAAGCCAUCCCUGAGUCCUGAUGACACCCAUGAAGACGAGAGCCCCACCAAGAAUGCGUCUCUACAGAAAGGACCCCCGCCUCCCUUAGGAGCCAAGGUCAAAACUGGCCCUUUAAAACCAGCAAGAGAAGACCAGGAAACUAAAGACCAUGGAGGCGAGACGUCCAGUUCACCCUUUUCUGGGGUGGUUCUGAAACCUGCUGCGAACAGAGGAAGCCCAGGCCUCUCCAGAAAUGCUGAAGAGAAAAGAGAAGAUAGGAAGAUAGAUGCUGCUAAGAACAUCUUCCUGAACAAAAUGAAUCAGGAAGAGCCAGGCUCUGGGGCUCCUCCUGCCAAGUUCCCUAAGAUGCCUUCUAAGUUGACAGUGACAGGGCCCUGGAGCCAAAGUCAAGACAAGGAAAAGGGAGACAAGAAUGCAGCCACCCCCAAGCAGAAGCCCCUGCCUCCGUUGUUUACCUUGGGCCCACCACCACCAAAACCCAGCAGACCCCCGCACGUUGACCUGACGAAAUUCCGAAAAGCCGCUUCUGGAAACAGUACCAGCAAAGGCCAAACGUCUUACUCAACUACUUCCCUGCCACCACCUCCACCACCCCAUCCAGCCAACCAACCGCCAGUCCCAAGUCUACCUCCCAGAAACAUUAAACCUCCCUUAGAUCUAAAAAGCCCUGUAAAUGAAGAAAGUCAAGAUGGUAUGAUGCUCUCUGAUGGUCCUGGAAAUCCAGAUGAGGAACAAGACAGUGAAGGAGAAACAUAUGAAGACAUAGAAGCAUCCAAAGAAAGAGAGAAAAAAAAGGAAAAGGAGGAAAAGAAGAGAUUAGAGUUGGAGAAAAAGGAACAGAAAGAGCGAGAAAAGAAAGAACAAGAAAUAAAGAAGAAAUUUAAACUCACAGGCCCUAUUCAAGUCAUCCAUCAGGCAAAAGCUUGCUGUGAUGUCAAAGGAGGAAAGAAUGAACUGAGCUUCAAGCAAGGAGAGCAAAUUGAAAUAAUCCGCAUCACAGACAACCCUGAAGGAAAAUGGCUGGGCAGAACGGCAAAGGGGUCAUAUGGCUAUAUUAGAACAACUGCUGUCGCGAUUGACUAUGAUUCUCUGAAACGAAAGAAAACAUCUCUCAGUGCUCUUUCAUCAAGAGCUAUUGAAGAUGACCAGGAGGUAUAUGAUGAUGUUGCAGAGCAGGAUAAUAUUAGCAGCCACAGUCAGAGUGGAAGUGGAGGGAUGUUCCCACCUCCCCCAGAUGAUGAUAUUUAUGAUGGGAUUGAAGAGGAAGAUGCUGAUGAUGGCUCCACGCUACAGGUUGAAGAGAAGAGUAAUUCGUGGUCCUGGGGGAUUUUGAAGAUGUUAAAGGGAAAAGAUGACAAAAGGAAAAGUAUACGAGAGAAACCUAAAGUCCCUGAGUCAGACAAUAAUGAAGGUUCAUCUUUCCCUUCUCCUCCUAAACAAUCAGACAUGGGAGAUGAAGUUUAUGAUGAUGUGGAUGCCUCUGAUUUCCCUGCUCCACCAGCAGAGCUGAGUCAAGGAGCCAAGGCUAAGACAGAAGAAAAAGACCCCAAGAAGCUAAAAAAGCAGGAAAAAGAAGAGAAAGACUUCAGGAAAAAGUUUAAAUAUGAUGGUGAAAUUAGAGUCCUGUAUUCGACCAAAGUUGCACCCUCCUUAACUUCUAAAAGGUGGGGCACCAGAGAUCUGCAGGUGAAGCCUGGUGAAUCUCUUGAAGUUAUACAAAGCACUGAUGAUACAAAAGUUCUUUGCAGAAAUGAGGAAGGAAAAUAUGGUUAUGUCCUUCGGAGUUACUUGGUAGACAAUGAUGGAGAGAUCUAUGAUGAUAUUGCUGAUGGUUGCAUCUAUGACAAUGACUAGGUCUCGGUCUUGUUCAUUCUGUUAUGUACAUUUGAUGCCAAAACGAAGUCUGAGUUUUAAUGGACAUGUGAUUGGAUAUCAUAGAAAAUGAAUGCACACAACUACUUGUUACCAUUUGUUAUACAAUUCUGAUUAUCUUUAUGAAGUUUUGAAACUUUGGACUUAGAAAGUGAUCAUAACAUCUUGGAAGACUGCAUCGAAGAGAUGUAAGAAUUACUAAAUAUUCCAUUUCUGCCUCAGCUGCAGUUAUGAAGGCGCUUCUUUUAGACCAUCAGUAGACAGCAUCCCCUCCCUAAAAAGAAAAAAAAAAAUGAGAAGAAAUGACUGUGUUGUCUAAAGAAAUAUGAGGAGGAAGAAUAAAGAAAUAAGGGGAGCCUGGGUGGCUCAGUCGUUAAGCGUCUGCCUUCGGCUCGGGUCAUGAUCCCAUAGUCCUGGGAUCGAGCCCCACAUCGGGCUCCCUGCUUGGCGGGAAGCCUGCUUCUCCCUCUCCACUCCCCCUGCUUGUGUUCCCUCUCUCACUGUCUCUCUCUCUGUCAAAAGAUAAAUUAAAAAAAAUAAAAGGAAGAAAAUACUAAAACAUUCUAUAAGAAGGAAAACUAUUUUCUGAACCUCUAAUUAUGAUUGUAUCUUAUAUUCUUUAUUCAAAUUAUCUAUCUUUAAAGGGGCACAACUGUCUCCUCUCUUGCUGGUGGGAUCAAUGUUUUAAAAAUUACAUUGGUAGCCGAACUUGUGUAUAAAGAUUGUCCCUGUUUGUUAAUUGUGAAUAUAUGUUAAGUAUUUGAUAAGAAUGUAUGCAUUUGGUGUGCACACUUAAGAUUGAAACUGUAGAAGAGUCAAAAAUCAGUUUUCUUUUUGCAGAUUCUUCCGCUAACAGUUUAAUCAUGUGCUCUGUUUAAAGUACUGUUGGAACUAGAGUAGAUAAGAAUGAGGAUUACCCUAAAAUUAUGAAGAAUGGAAGAUGGACUUUGAAAUUAAUUAGGCUUUUAUGGCACCUCUUUACUAUGAAGACUCUUUUGAAGGUUUUUGCUCUUCAGUUACUUCUGUGGAACUUUUUUUUAACCACUUUACUGGAAAGUUGGCCUAAUUGUUUGGACUAGAAUGUUUCCUACUCAUACAUACUCUUUCCCAAAGCAACUCCAAACAAAAUGUGAAGCAUUUGGAUUCCAAAUGCUAAGAACACUAAAGACCAUGAUACAAAAUGCAAAACCCUAACACCCAAGAAAAUGGCAUGUUAGGUAAUUUUUUCACAACUUCAAGAAUAGUCUAAUCCUAAAGCCGGCUCUGCUGCUAAUGAACCAUGAUGUGAUAUUGGGUAACCUCCCAGUUUCCUCAUCUGCAAAUUACAGGAUUAGACAAAAUCAGUUUUUCCCAACAUUUUUAUGACCAGUUACCUCAAACUUCUACAAUCCUUCCCCCAACCCCAAAUCCCAUAUUUCAGAAACCUUUGUGUAUCUUUAAAACUCAUUGAUUAAAUAAUGAUUAAUGCAUUUUCCAUAUUUUAAUAUUGCAAAGGCCCAUUGGAGCUUCUGAAGAGUGGCCCACGGAAUUGAAAUCAUUUCAAAUCAUUGUAACCUCAGCCUUCAUAUGGGUAAAGUGUGAUUUCCAUUUGGUGUGUUAAAAUUUGAAAAUAGAUCGUCAAAAAAAAAAAAAGAAAGAAAGAAAAGAAACCAUCAACCUUUAUUGCUCAAUUUAUAGAGUCUGGAAGUCUAAGCCCCCACAUUAGAAACCAAUGAUGUCAAAGUCCCCCUCCAAUUAUGAAAUACUUUGAUGUCUACUUUUUGAUAGGCUAAGCCAAUAAAUGCUAAUAUGAUGAAAUUAUUUUAAUAGAUAAAUUACAUGGUUCAAAAGUAUUUUUGAUUUUGUUAAACUUGGUAGCAAAUAUACAUAAUACACUGACAGUAUAUCUCCAGUUAUUACUUCCUGAUUGAGAAAAACAUAAAUUCAAUACACUAUCAGUUUUUAAAAUUCCAAAUUAAACCAAGAGAAUAUUUUAGAGUUUUGGGCUAUACACCAAGAAACAGACACAGACAUGCGUACAAAAGAUUUAUGUAAUAGAUAAUCAUCUUAAUAUAAAAGACAUAUUUGACAUAUUAAUUUUAAUAUACUAAAUAUUAUUUCUGUUAUAGUUUUAUGUAUGGAAUUUUGUCACAUGAGAAGAGCUACAAAUAAAUAAUACCUUCAGCAGAUAACUUCGCCUCCUACUUCAUCAAGAAAUUGAGGUCAUCAAACUUUCUCUCCCAUAAUUUGGUCCCACAUCUGCAGAGUCUUUCUCUAAGCCCAAUCUUACCUGUUUUUGCUUCAGCCUCAGAGGAUGGAAUACUUCCUGUUCAAGA